CCCAAUGAAAGCUGCACUUUCAAACAUUGAAUAUAUUUUGAUGUACUAUGAAAGUAAACAACGCGAAUGGACACCAUACGAAUGACAUAAUCUGUAACCCGCAGAUUCUUUUAUCGUCAACAGCUUACAAAUCUGUGGAUAGCUGAACCACUCCAAAAUCAACAACAAAAUGUCAGCACCGUCAGAUGCAAAGGUACCAAAAAUGUCAAGUUCCGACAAGGAGUGCAUGAGUUUGGAUAUACAGAAAGCUUUGGAAGAUAUAGAAGAUUGCCAGAGCACCCUGGAAGACCUGAGUGACAAAGCAAGUGGAGAAAUCAUGCAAGUGGAACUCAAGUACAUACAGCUGAAGCGUCCUCAUUUCGACAAGCGCAAUGAGAUAAUAUCAAGGAUUGACCAUUUCUGGAUUACUUCUCUGCUAAACCAUCCCAAACUGGCCAACAUAGUGGAGGCAGAUGAAGAAGAAUGCUUGCGUCACUUGAAACAGAUAAACUUUGAAGAGUUUCCAGACAUGCGGACAGGCUUUUCAGUGCACUUUCAUUUUGAGGAAAACCCAUUCUUCAGUAACCAAGUCCUUACUAAGUCCUUUCACCUCUCCCCAAAAGCGGGACAGAAGUCUUCUAACUCCACUGAGAUCAGCUGGAAGCCCAGUAAAUCCGGGGGCUUAAACCUGUUACAGCAGCACACUGAACGGGCCCUGAAAGGUCACGGGCGCACAUUUUUCUCAUGGUUUGUGGAGGUUACUGAAGCAAGUAGGGAUAGAAUCAUAAAGAUGUUGAAGGAUGAUAUUUGGCCAAACCCUCUUCAGUACUUCCUAGCAGCAGACGUGGAUGAGAAUGGAUUUACUGACAGCGACAGUUAUGAUGAUGAUGAUAUCCCCGUACAGAAUAUUGAGGAUGACUCUGUUGUCAUUGUCGGUGAUGAUGACAGUGAUGAUGAUGAUGUGUAUGAGGUAGAAGAUGACUCCAAACUAAGCAUGGAGGACUCUGAGAAUGAUGAUGAUGAUGGCGAUGAUGAUGGAUUAGACUCUGCCCAGGAGCUUGAAGAGACAGUGGAAUCCAUUGAAGUAGAAGAUGACGAGUUUGAAGAUGAGGAUGAUGAUGAUGAUGAAGAUGCAAUUCAUGUUCUAGACAGCGACAGUGAUCCAGAGGUGCAUGAAAUCACCGAUACGCCUGAUAAACCACCAACGGAAAAGGACUCAAUAGACCGAAUAAUGGCUGCAGCCAUGCUAGAUUUCAGUGAAGCAGAACGACUGGAGAGUAAUACUCCUAGUGUUGUUGAUAAAAAGGAUAAUAGUGCUUUGACAGUUGAGGAAGAAAUAGAGAAAAUUAAAGGUAAUUCCGAUAAAACUGUAGUUGAAACUGGUGAAGGUAACAGUCAGGGGGGAAAAAGUGAGAGUGAUGGAAAAGACUGUGGGGCAGAAAAGAAUGUAAAUGGUGAGGGUUCGAGUGACAAAGGAGGUGAGCAGGGUGUUGAAAGUUCUAAUGAAGAAGAGGGAAAAGAAAAACCAAAUAACAAUAAAAAGGCUCCUAGUAGAAAGAGACCAUUAGAUACUGCUGAUUGAUUUAUUCUUAACUCUGUCUGAGCAUGGCAGCAUAGUUUUAGCCAGAAUUGCCGGUGUUGGUUUAACUGAUGUAAAUUUUGUAGCCUUUUAAUUGUCGUAAGGCAAUUAUGUCAAUCCUAUUGUCAAUGUCAAUUCAAAGCAUUGGAAAAACCAUCUGAUGUGUGUUCAUAUAUAACGAUAAUGUCAUGCUUAUGUCUUUGAACUUCACAUUAUUUUUAAUUGCUAGCAAAUGUGAUUGCAACGCAAAUCAUAUAAGAGAUAUGCAAUCUUGCACCUGAUGUCAUAAUCAGAUGUCAUUUCAAAAGAAAUGUUUAAAAACAUGUUGUGGAAUUUAGUAAGUAAACUUGCAUUUGCAAAGCUUUCCUACAAAUAAGAUAAUUUGAAUACAUUAUGAUACAUGAAUGAAAUUGCAAUUAAUGACAAAUCUUUGUACAAUUAUGUGCUUUUGAACUUUAGCAAUGAGUGUAUUUUUACUUCAAUAAUGUAAAUGGGGAUAAAUUUAACAGUAUUUUUAGUAAGCAACCUCAUUUUAAGCUGCCAACCUCAUUUUGACAAAGCAUUGCCAUGGUCAUUCAAAGAAAAGGUUUCCAAUCAAAACCAACAAAAAAAUUCUUAAACAUGUUUAAUAUGGUUGCAUAAAACUGAAACGAAAGUAUUUCGUGAAAUAAAUUUGAGUUGCCUUUCUUUUGUUGAAAUUUAAGUUUUAAAAAGAAUUGCAACACCAUGCUGUAUCAUUUAGUUAUGUUAUCUUUUGAGAAAUGCCAAACAUGUUCUUCUUCAUUAAUUAAGUUUGUUUCAUUCUUGUGCUCCUUUCCAUGUGUAUGAACUUUUUAUUUUAACACUUAAUUUAAUUCCAAAGUGAUUAAAUUGCCUCUGCUAACCUUUUAAUGACAUGUGGAUCUUUCAAAGUGUUAUUGCUUGUGCAUGUUAGGCAGCUAAAAAUACACCAGUAAAUGGAUUUGUAUAAAUGAAAUCUGAAAGUGGCAACUGUUAAUAAAUACCUUGGUCCAUUUAUCUGAAAAUGAAUACUUUGUUCAAAAUAAGUUUUAAAGUGAUUGCAAUGAAUUCAAUUGUCAUUUCUUUUUAUCUUAUGUGUUAUAAGUUUACUUCUGACAGUGCUGAAUUAUUUUGAAUAAGCAAAUUGAUUCUUUUAAACGAAAACAAUAAUUUUACACAUAAUUAUUUAAGGGCUUAUUAGUCCCCUACCGGUUUCACCGGAGGGGACUUAUGGUUUUGUCUCUGUCCGUCCGUCACACUUUUCUGGAUCCUGUGAUAACUUUAAAAGUUCUUAAUAUUUUUUCAUGAAACUUGAAACAUGGAUAGAUGGCAAUAUGGACAUUAUGCACGUCAUUUUAUUUCGUUCCGACGUCAAAAAUUCUGGUUGCUAUGGCAACAAAUAGACUAGAAAUAUCGCUGAAAAUGGUGGUUUUCUGGAUCCUGCGAUAACUUUUAAAGUUCUUAAUAUUUUUUCAUGAAACUUGAAGCAUGAAUAGAUGGCAAUAUGGACAUUAUGCACGUCAUUUCAUUUUGUUCCUCAAUAAAAAAAUUUGGUUGCUAUGGCAACAAAUAUAUAUAAAAAAAUGUUGAAUUUCUGACAAUGGUGGAGCCGGUAGGGGACUUAUAUUGCUUGACAAUAGUCUUGUUUUUUCAUAUUUUCCAAUGCACAAUUGCCUUUAUAUUGAAAUUCUCAUUAGUAAAUAGUAAAUACAUAAGAUAUCCCAUUUGUAUGGCAAUGCAUAUUUCAUGAGGCUGAUGUAAAUGUAUUAUUAUUAUUAUUGUUUUGUGAUUUCAUGUAUAUAUAUGAUAAUGACGGAUAAGACAGUAAAUUCAUUUUAAAGAUAUUAUUCAAUUUUAAGCUUACUUGAAAAGAAAGUGCUCAUGUUUAGUUCCUGUGGUUACUGUAUGUCUAGACUGAGUUCCAAUUCUGGUCAAAUGCGUCAAAAAAAUUGGUCAUUUGGUCUUAUCUUAGACAAACCUUUUUACCAUUAUAAUGACCACAAUUUUGACUGCAUCUGAAUGAAACUUGGUGUUUAUCUUUACUAAAUCUAGGCCAAGUUUAAUCUCGAUCAAGUGCAUCAAAAAACUAGGUCCACAGGUCAAAUUUGAGAAAAACCUUGUUACCACUUGAGAGGUCACCUUUAUGACUAAAUCUAGGUAAAACAUGGUCAGAAUAUUGAUCUUGGCAAUGUGUAGUCUGAUUUCCUAUCUUUUUCUUGAUUCUAAAGGCUGCUAAGUAAAUCUUACGAAAACCUCGUUACAAUUCUAGGCCACAUUUAUGACUCAAUCUUGAUGAAACUUGAAAUUUGAUAAAUAAUUGUUUUUCAAUAUCUGGAUUUGUUUGGAAUUUCGGUUACAUGUGUCUUAAGUACAGGUGUCUACAAUGUUCGCAGUUUAGAGGCCACAUUUAUGACUCAAUCCUGAUUGAACUUGGUCAGUUUGUUUAUCAUUACAAUAUCUGAGUUGUGAUCAAAUCUGAGUCAAAUAUGUUCAAAAUCCAGGUCACUAGGUCAAAUCUAAAAAAAAACACUUCUAAACACUCUAGAAGCCACAUUUAUGACUCAACCUUGAUGCAAAAAAGGUCAAAAUGUUGAUCUUGUCAAGAUCUCAGUACUCUAGGGCAAGUUUUAAUCUGGGUCAUGUAUGUCCAAAAAUUAUUUAACCAGGUGAAAAAAAAUUGUUAUAGGUAUGGGGAAAAAACCCAUAUUGCUUAUCUAGAAACCACAUUUAUAAUUUGAUCUUGAUGAUACAUGGUCAGAAUAAUUAUCUUUAAAAUGUCAAGGCCUUGCUUUUUUAUCUGGGUCGAAUGGACUUAAGAAUUAGGUCACCAAGUCAAGUGUUUUAACUUGGUUUAACAUGAACUCAGGUAAGCACAUUAAUGCCAUCAUGGCCCUUUUGUUAAUGACUAUUUGCAGUAUUGCUUUUAGUCAGUCCCAGAAAACAUAACCUUAUUGUAAAUUAGAUUGUAUACAUACAUAGGUGUUGUUUUUAUUUUAAAAUAUUUACUUGGUAUGUGUUUUUUCUAACUUGAGUUAGCAUCUGUUUAAAAUUUGUUCAUAGUGGCAGCUGACAUUAUUUGCACAUGUUAUUGUAACUCCUGUUAUUGGUAAAACAUUCAUUAUAUUUGUGCUAGUAUUCAGUAAAUUUGUUUGACGUAUCAUUAAACUUUCAGUCAAAUAUCCAUAAUGUAUAAUCAGAUUUUUACUUUAUGAAAAAUAUUAAUAAUUAACAUCAUCUUCAUUGGCAGCUAUUACUCAAUUUCCUUAAAGUAUACACAAGUAUUGACAGGGAAAAUCAUUCAAUUUGUAAAUCUUUAUUUAUUAUUAAGAUUUUAUUUUUGAAGAGGUCAAUUUAAAUUUGUACAUUUGAAACUACAUUGUGAAAUUGUGUUUUUCUUAGGUGUCAUUAAAAACAAAAUAAAACAAACGUGAAAUUUAUAUACAAGACAUUAUAUGAAUUCAUUGGAAAAAGGGUUAUUCAUAUACACUAUUUUUAAAUGGUGUUUAAUUGUAAAUAUGCUGAAACAAGUGUGUAAACAAAUAUUUGUAAUAUAUUUUAAACUAGUUUAACUUAAUGUCAGCAUUGUAAAACUCACAUAAAAUCAAUUAAAAUGUAUUAAUAAGU